CCGCUGUCCCUCUCCCCCCCCAGUCCGCAUCUGGCUUCGUCUCGCACCUGAGCACACGCACCUGCCCGGCCCGCGUCCUCUUCCUCUCCCCUUCCUCCCUCCCGCCUUUCCCUUCGGGCCCGAAGGCUCUACCGGGUCGCGGGCGCCUCGCGGCUGCGUCACCGCCGCCCCCCAGACAAGAUGGACACCGCGGAGGAAGACAUAUGUAGAGUGUGUCGGUCAGAAGGAACACCAGAGAAACCUCUUUAUCAUCCUUGUGUAUGUACUGGCAGUAUUAAAUUUAUUCAUCAAGAAUGCUUAGUUCAGUGGUUGAAACACAGUCGAAAAGAAUACUGUGAAUUAUGCAAGCACAGAUUUGCUUUCACACCAAUUUAUUCUCCAGAUAUGCCUUCACGGCUACCAAUCCAAGACAUAUUUGCUGGACUGGUUACAAGUAUUGGCACUGCAAUACGAUACUGGUUUCAUUACACACUUGUUGCCUUUGCAUGGUUGGGAGUUGUUCCUCUUACAGCAUGCCGCAUUUACAAGUGCUUGUUUACUGGCUCCGUGAGCUCACUACUGACACUGCCACUAGACAUGCUGUCAACGGAAAAUUUGUUGGCAGAUUGUUUGCAGGGUUGUUUUGUGGUGACAUGCACACUUUGUGCAUUCAUCAGCCUGGUGUGGUUACGAGAGCAGAUAGUCCAUGGGGGAGCACCAAUCUGGCUGGAGCAUGCUGCUCCACCCUUCAAUGCCGCUGGACACCACCAAAAUGAGGCUCCUGCAGGGGGAAAUGGUGCAGAAAAUGCUGCUGCUGAUCAGCCGGCUAACCCAGCAGGUGAGAAUGCAGUUUUGGGCGAGAACCCUGAUGCCCAGGAUGGUCAAGCAGAAGAAGAGGAGGAAGACAAUGAGGAGGAAGAUGAUGCGGGUGUGGAAGAUGCUGCUGAUGCCAACAAUGGGGCCCAAGAUGACAUGAACUGGAAUGCUUUAGAGUGGGACCGGGCUGCAGAAGAGCUUACUUGGGAAAGAAUGCUUGGACUUGAUGGAUCACUAGUUUUUCUGGAGCACGUGUUUUGGGUGGUGUCUUUAAAUACAUUGUUCAUUCUUGUUUUUGCAUUUUGUCCUUAUCACAUCGGUCAUUUCUCCCUUGUUAGUUUGGGGUUUGAGGAGCAUGUCCAAGCAUCUCAUUUUGAAGGUCUAAUCACAACAAUUGUUGGAUAUAUACUUUUAGCAAUAACACUGAUAAUUUGUCAUGCCUUGGCAACUCUUGUUAAAUUUCAUAAGUCUCGUCGUUUGUUGGGAGUCUGCUAUAUUGUGGUUAAGGUCUCUUUGUUAGUUGUGGUAGAAAUUGGAGUGUUCCCUCUCAUUUGUGGCUGGUGGCUGGAUAUCUGUUCUCUGGAAAUGUUUGAUGCUACUCUGAAAGAUCGAGAGCUGAGCUUUCAGUCGGCUCCAGGGACUACGAUGUUUCUGCACUGGCUGGUGGGAAUGGUAUAUGUGUUCUACUUUGCCUCCUUCAUCCUGCUACUGAGAGAGGUACUUCGGCCUGGAGUCUUAUGGUUUCUAAGGAAUUUGAAUGAUCCAGAUUUUAAUCCAGUACAGGAAAUGAUCCACUUGCCCAUCUAUAGACAUCUCCGAAGAUUUAUUUUGUCAGUGAUUGUCUUUGGCUCCAUUGUGCUUCUGAUGCUCUGGCUUCCUAUACGAAUAAUUAAGAGUCUUUUGCCUAAUUUUCUCCCCUACAAUGUCAUGCUCUACAGUGAUGCUCCCGUGAGUGAACUGUCCCUUGAGCUGCUCCUGCUGCAGGUUGUUUUGCCAGCACUGCUGGAACAAGGACACACGAGGCAGUGGCUGAAGGGGCUUGUGCGUGCAUGGACUGUCACUGCUGGAUACUUGCUGGACCUUCAUUCCUACUUACUGGGAGACCAGGAAGAAAACGAGAACAGUGCAAAUCAGCAAGUCAACAAUAACCAGCCUGCGCGCAACAACAACAAUGCUGUUCCUGCUGGGGAGGGUCUGCAUGCAGCCCACCAAGCCAUACUGCAGCAGGGAGGGCCUGUUGGCUUUCAGCCUUACCGUCGGCCUUUAAAUUUCCCACUCAGGAUAUUUCUGCUGAUUGUCUUCAUGUGCAUAACAUUACUAAUUGCCAGCCUCAUCUGCCUUACUUUACCAGCCUUUCUAUUUUCAGUAUUUGCUGGCCGAUGGUUAAUGUCAUUUUGGACGGGAACUGCCAAAAUCCAUGAGCUGUACACUGCUGCUUGUGGUCUCUAUGUGUGUUGGCUAACCAUAAGGGCCGUGACGGUGCUGGUGGCCUGGAUGCCCCAGGGACGCAGAGUGAUUUUCCAGAAGGUUAAAGAGUGGUCCCUCAUGAUAAUGAAGACUUUGAUAGUUGCUGUGCUGCUGGCCGGCGUGGUCCCACUGCUCCUGGGGCUCCUGUUUGAGCUGGUUAUCGUUGCUCCUCUAAGGGUCCCUCUUGAUCAGACUCCUCUUUUCUACCCGUGGCAGGACUGGGCACUGGGAGUGCUGCAUGCCAAAAUUAUCGCAGCUAUAACUCUUAUGGGUCCUCAGUGGUGGUUGAAAACUGUCAUUGAACAGGUUUACGCAAAUGGCAUUCGUAACAUCGAUCUUCACUAUAUCAUUCGUAAGCUGGCAGCUCCAGUGAUCUCCGUGCUCUUACUUUCCCUGUGUGUACCAUAUGUUAUAGCUUCUGGCGUGGUUCCUUUACUAGGUGUUACCGCAGAGAUGCAAAACUUAGUUCACAGGCGGAUUUACCCAUUUUUACUGAUGGUCGUUGUGCUGAUGGGAAUCCUGUCCUUCCAGGUCCGCCAGUUUAAGCGCCUUUAUGAACACAUUAAAAAUGACAAGUACCUUGUGGGGCAGCGCCUGGUGAACUAUGAGCGCAAAUCUGGCAAACAAGGCCCAUCCACACCACCUCCACAGUCGUCCCAAGAAUAAAGUGCUUGUCUCAACUCCUUGACCUUC